GUCGUUGAGUGAUGUAUCGCGCAGUAAGUUCUCCAUGCUGCACCUGAACAAAUCAUGGCUAUGACGUGUCGUAGAACCUACAUGCGAUCACACCCAAGAGUUUGUCCGCAAAACAACUCUCGUACUUGCUUAUAAGAUAAGACCAACAACUAGCAGCAGUGGAAGUCGUACGGCUCUCUAUUACCUUCGCAUGCCUAGAGCCAGCAUUCUAGCACGCCGAUCUACGAUGUCCUCGUACCACGUGGGGUCGAGGUCGCGUUGUCGGUUCCUUCACUUCAAUCAAAGGUCACCGCUACUAGUGCUACACUGCCGCCUAUUUCAAGAAAACAAUAGCCGAUACGUACGCUUGUCGACUUGCGCGACAUACCUUUACCUUAUCAAAGUCUGCGCGCUUUCUCAACCUACAGACCAACUGUUGAUCGAACACACUCAACGACUGGACAGUAUCGAUUCCCGUCUGCGGCGACAAACUAAGAUCCAGCCGCCCGCGCAAAGUCAACAUGGGUGACGACCAGUCAGAUAGUCUCUUUGUGCCAGAAGAGUCUCCACCAGUACCAGUCUCUACAAUAACAUCGUAUGACGAAGAUGCUACAGUAAUGUCUCCGCAAGCUUUUCAAGCCGACCGGUUCCACUCCAGUACAGGAGAUGCUGGCGACGAUGAGGUCCACGACCCCUCGCAAGAGCCCUUGCCGGACCAUCCUCAGUUCCAACUCAACAUUCCCACGCUUCACAGCGACAUCGAUGCAGCACUACGAGAUCUCUGGAUUGCCCUGCAAGGCUUCGAAGACGACGACGCAGAGAUGGCAAACCAGCGGGAGGUAACACAGAAAGGACGGGAGAUAGGCGCACCUAAGCCUUUGGUUGUCACAACAGUCGGCCCAGCAGGUGUAGGGAAGAGUUUCUUGUACAAGGCACUGUUCAACCGUCCAAGCAUCACUAAGAGCUCCGCAGAAGGACGCUCCUGCACGCUCUACCCUACCAAAAUCGUACUCCAACCGGACGCGCGCGAUACAGCAACCAGCAGCGAUGUUGAUAUCCUACUUUUUGAUGCAGCCACACUAGCUACCAUGACCGGGAAUCAUAUCAAGCGGUACCACGACUUCCACUUCAGUCCGGAUAAAGAUUCGACAGAUGACGACAGCCUUCGUUAUGCGUCAACCGCGAAAGAGUUCUUCGAGGUCGCCUUCAACACAGGAGACAACGUUGAGGCAGCUAUUGCCCUUGAAUCGUUUCUAGUAGCAGAUAUGAUUGAUAAGGGUGACCUACUCCGUAACUGUGUUGAUGCUAUUGAACAGCGCAUUUCGUUCUUAGGUGCCUCGAGGAACCGCACAAUCUCCUACCUUCAGGUUGAAGACGACAAUAUCGAUCAAAUUCGGAACUUAGCAGACGGCUUGGCACCGUUCGUCGACUUUUUUGUCAUCAAGACAGGUACUGCUCUUUUGAGAGCAGGCUUGACUUUUAUCGAUUUGCCAGGUCUCCGUGAUAUCAAUCAAGAUCGCAUCGCGAGAGCAAACGCCAUUCGCAGAGACGUCGAUGUCGAAAUGAUCAUAUGCGAUCGACCUGAGCGCGGCUUGGAGGACGCCGACCUCGACGCACUGAUCAGACAGUCCAUCCGGGCACAUGGCUUCAACAAUACAAUUGUGGUGUAUAACAAGAUCGAUACCAUCUUUAUGAGCGGUGUCCAAGACGCAAACGAUCGCAUGCGUGACUCCAUGAGCGAACCAUAUACUACUAUUAGAGCUUUUAGAGCCGAAGCCGAAAGUAUCGAGGAUGCCGAGAUCAAGCGGGCAUAUCUCACGUACCUGCAGGAUCUGGCGUUGAAUGCCAUGAUUCGCGAGCGAGCGGACAAUUUGCGCAACCACAUCGUCACGAAGUACGCCGCACUUGAUCCUGAUACACCUAACAAUGUCGCUGUAUUUGCUAUAUCUGCUGCGCAAUAUCUUGAAUGGUUGGAUCCAACACGAUUACGCGCACCAGUCAUGAGCGUGGCCAAUACACGCGUCCCAGAUUUGAAGCGGUAUCUGCUCAGCCUGACCAGCACCCGCAACUACGAGCAUCUCUGGAACCACAUCCAUCUUAUCAUGGCGGAGAUUGCUGACAGUGGCACUCGAGUAUUAGAGAAAUUCGAAGACGAGAACGGCUACUCGGAGUUUUGCGAGCAACUCGCGAAGGAACAGAUUCCAAUGCUGCAUACGGACCUUACGCAUCUGGCCAAUACGGAGCUGCUCCCAUCGCUCCGGGUCUGGCCUUACCAGCCAGACGCAGAGAAGCAGCUAGAUUUAGUCAGUGACGCCAUUGCUGGGUGGCAGCAAACUGUCCAUGGCCCAGUGCUCGUGGCUUCCUUCAGCAAAGCCUUGCGUGAGAAUGGUCUCAUCGCCAACAGCCGAGCACGCGCACUGAUAGGCCUGCGCAUCAACUGGAAUCAGACCAUACAGGAGAGUAUGGAUCCAGCCAUCGCAGCCUUCGUCCAAAAUACCUCCGUGCGAUUCGCUUCCGGGUGGAAGGUGAUGUCGAGCAGGAUCGACGACUGCAUGAACGACGUCUUCACUGCUCUCGAGAAGUCAUCCGAACAGACGCCUUUCAAAGCCAGUUUCCAUCGCGAGUGGCGUAAGCUCGAGCACGCCAUAUUCAUCAGAUCGGGCUCAUUCGAGUUCCAGCUCCACCGCGUUGUGCGCGCCACCCAUCGCUUUGCUACGACCGAGGAAGACAUUGGCUGCCUCGUCGCCUCACUCAUGGCACCGAUCUAUGACAAAGUCUCAAGGAAAACCGGCACCGGCAAGUACUCACGGCAGGUGGCAGCGCUCAACCGCUACUUGGUGUCAAAUGGGUGGAACGGUGGCACUAUCGUGGAUCGUUACGAGGAUGCAGUGGUGGCAGAUUUGGAGGCCAGGCUGAAACCGGUGUUACGCUGGUUCCUGAACGAGGUAAAGGCGGAGCUGCUGAACUUUGUAAAGGUUAUGGAGGAGCUGUUAGCAGAUGAUCAGCAGUUGAGUGUUGGUCAGAGCCAGGCGAGGAAGAAGUUGACGGAGGCCUUGCCGGUGUAUGAGGAGAGGCUGAGAAGGCUGCAAGAAGCAGUUCCGAGGCUUGAAGUUUGAGCUUGGACGGGUAGAGAUCUUGUCUUAUUCGAGUCAGUCAGGUACAUCUAGCUUUUCGUGUCACAUGUCUUCUACUGAAUGCAACCGUAUGUGACAUAAGCGCUCCUUCCAGCGAC